GUUCCAGUUCUCUCUGAGAAACCAUUAAUAUUCUCAUCCUUGACUGUCUUGGUCAUUCUUUAGACACGCCAACUUUUGGCCUCUACACUGCCUUGUUUAACUGAAACACUCGUCUAUCUUUGUCAUUAUCAUGUCUGAUUUCUUCAAAACGUCUGUGCCAUCCUCGACUUCUCCAGAUCUCGCCGCUCGCAAAGAAGCUGUGAUGAAUUCUGUGCGUAGUGAGAUUGCGCUAGCAAACGCUCAGGAGUUGAUGAAUAAAACUAACGAGAAAUGUUUUGCUAAAUGUGUAACGAAGCCUUCGUCUUCACUUUCGAGUACAGAAGAGACAUGUCUGACACGAUGCCUGCAACGUUACAUGGAAGCAUUCAAUAUCGUGAGCAAAACAUAUACUGCACGCAUAAGCAAAGAACGAGAAACAUCGUGACCAACAUGGUCCUUGCUUUUCUAUCUUAUUUACGCGAACAGUGAGCGGUCAACCUUAGUUAACAGUAGCGUAUCGUGGGCACCAGUAGUUAGUCAUUCGAACUCGCAGCAUCGAUGAAACGUUUGUCCCCUUGCAUCUAAUCCCAAUCUUGUUAUUAUGGGAAAUGUCAUACCGGGUGCUCUUCGAAAUCUUCAAAAAAAGACAGUAGUCAUAUCC